AUACACUGCCUGCCUGCACCCUAUCAAGUGCACUAUAUGUACAGGAAUGAGUCGUUUAGGAUUUAGCCAUAAUCUAAAUACUGUAACACCGGCAAAGAACCGAAAGCCCCGGGAGCCCUUUAGUUUAUUUGGGAACAGAGAGGAAAAGGAGCAUCACUUAGAGAGGAAAUCGCGUCCAGCUUGAGACAUUCUUCAGAAAGAGGACAGGAAGAAAACAUGCCUUCAGAUGUGAGUGAGGAGAGAAAGAGAGAUCAGUGUGAAAGAUCCAUAUGUGUUAACAAUCCUCAUUUGAAGUCGAUGAAAGAGGACAUACUGUACCAUCUCAACUUGGAUACAGCAACUCAUGACUUCCAAAAACAGUUUGGGGAUGUUAAAUUUGUGUGUGUCGGGGGAAGUCCAUGGAGGAUGAAGUCUUUCAUCGAGUACAUUGCUAAAGAGCUGGGGCUUGAAGAUCUAAAUGGAGAGUACCCGAACCUCUGUGAGGGAACCGAUCGCUAUGCCAUGUACAAAGUAGGACCUGUGCUAUCUGUUAGUCAUGGCAUGGGCAUUCCCUCAAUCUCAAUAAUGUUGCACGAGCUUAUCAAACUCCUCUUUCACGCUCACUGCACUGAUGUCACUAUCGUGCGCAUUGGGACCUCUGGUGGAAUAGGUCUGCAGCCAGGUACAGUUGUGGUCACUAAAGAAGCAGUGGAUGCCACGUUCUUGCCCCGCUUUGAGCAGGUGGUCCUGGGUAAAACAGUGGUGAGGGGCACGGAGCUGGACUUUGAACUGGCAGAGGAGCUGCUACAAUGUGGCAAAGAGCUGGCAGAGUUUGAGACCGUCAUAGGGAACACCAUGUGCACCAUGGACUUCUAUGAAGGUCAAGCUCGUUUGGACGGGGCUUUCUGUUCAUACACCGAAGAGGAAAAACAAAACUACCUGUCUGAGGCGUACGCAGCAGGAGUCCGCAACAUUGAGAUGGAAUCUUCCGUUUUUGCUGCCAUGUGCAAACUCAGUAAUAUACGAGCGGCUGUGGUGUGUGUGACCCUCUUGAACCGGCAGAAAGGGGACCAACUGACCAGUUCUCAUGAUGUAAUGGUCAACUACCAGCAAAGACCACAGAUCCUAGUUGGCCAUUACAUCAAAAAGAAGCUGAAUGCCUUCAAGAGUACUUAAAUUUCUAAUACUAAACCAAAGUUUUAGAGACUUCCUUAUAUUCCUUAUAUACUGUAUAGGAUUUUUUUACAGUAUAAAUUAUACACUUGAAUUUGCAAUAGUUCCACCGUAACUAUAUAUAAACUUUAAUAUUUAAAUACUUGAUGACACGAUACUGUUAUUUGCAAUAAUUUAUGAAAUAAAAAGCACUGCUAUUAUAAAACGUUAAAA